ACGAUGUGCACGUUGUGUGCUAAUGGGGGAAGAGGGAGGACUGUCAUUUGUGGGGGGUCAUGUGAUCAUGUCUAUCUGGUAUAGGGUUAUAGUACCCUCAUAUGACCACCAGGGGUCUAAAUGGUGCUGUUAAAGGAUUUUCCAGCUGAAGAGGUGGCGGCUCCGACUACCAGACCGACGGCAAAGAGAAUUCUGUAUAGACAAUGCCACCGAGCGUGAGCGAGGGAAGAGGUCAUGUUUCCGAGAGGAUAUUAAACUUGACCCUGGAGAUCAUCUACCUGCUGACCGGAGAGCAUUACAGACCUGUGAAGGAGCCGAUGGUGGUCACGAGUCGAUGGGCCGAGAAGGCUCCGCCUUCCUCCCUAAAAAAUGAGAGGUACAACGACGAGAAGAUUCUAGACAUCACAAAGAAGAUCAUUGAGUUACUGACCGUUGAUUUGGAGUUGGAAAAGGACGUCACAAUGGAUAAUCAGAAGCCCCUCCCAUCUCCGGAUUUACUUCCUGGAGGAUCUCCGCUGGACAUUUCUCCAUCGCAGGAAGAUCCCAGAGCCAUUAGUCCCUCCUCUUUUAGGUCCUCCUCCCCAGAGGAGCAAAGCACGAGCCACACUUGGGAUGAAAAAACGUUGACCACGUGGGAAGGAUCGGAAGACCAUCCCCAGCUUUCCAAGCCGACCAGUCACAUGUCCGACUCAUCUACCCAGGAGGGGGUUUUGUGUAGAGAAGGCUCCUCACAGACGGAUAAGGCUACCACCGAACAUCCUCCAUCACACUGGCUUCCGUGUAUUAAGGAGGAACCCAGCUCAUGCGACGAGGAGCAUCAAACCAGGGGUGGUCCUUCUCCGUCUGGAGACCAGUGUGACCAAGUUAAGGAGGAAAAAAAGGACCACGUUGAGUACACAACUUUCGUUAUUAAGGAUGAAAGCCUCCCAUGCAACACCACCUGCUCCCAAUGUCACAUGUACUUCCCGGAUAAAGACGGCUUUCUUAAACACUGCGAAACGCACUCCAAAAAGAAGCCGCUUUCUAGCGAUUCCGGCAAACCGCCUGCUGGAGAAAAGCCGUUCUCCUGCCCCCUGUGCGGGAAGAACUUUGCGGAGAAAGGGUUACUCCGCCGCCACCAGAAGGUCCACUCCGGGGAGAAGCCGUUUUCCUGCACGUACUGCGGCAAAUGUUUCGCCUGGAAGUCCAACCUCACGGUCCACGUCAUGAGCCACACGGGACAAAAGCCAUACAGCUGCAGCGAGUGCGGUAAAUGCUUCAUCGCCAAAUCGCACGUGGUGGAGCACAAGAGGAGCCACACGCACGAGAAGCCGUACCCGUGCCCGGAGUGCGGGAAAUGCUUCGUCAGCAAGUCGCAGAUGCUGAAGCACCAGAGGAAGCACAGCGGCCACCGGGCAUUCCUCUGCUCCGAUUGCGGGAAGAGCUUCACCGACAAGUCGGUGCUGAUCAUCCACCAGAGGACUCAUACCGGCGAGAAGCCGUAUGCUUGCUCUGUGUGUGGGAAAUGCUUCACCACGACCACCAACCUCCUGGUUCACGAGAGGAUUCACUCGGGAGAGAAGCCGUAUUCGUGCUCGGAGUGCAAGCGAUCGUUCAUCCAUAAGUCGGACCUCAUGAAGCACCAGAAGAUCCACACCGGGGAAAAGGCCUUUGCCUGCUCGGUGUGUGGGAAAUGCUUUAGGGUCAAGUCGGGAUUGACAAGGCACGAGAAGACCCACACGGGGGAAAAGCCCUUCUCCUGCGCGAUAUGUGGCAAAUGCUUUACGUGCAAGUCCCACCUCCUAUCCCACCACCGCGUGCACACCGGCGAGAAGCCUUUCCCCUGCAACGAGUGCGAAAAAUGGUUCACCAGCAACUCCGACCUCAUCCGGCACCAGCGCAUCCACACGGGAGAGAGACCCUACGCUUGUAGCGAAUGCGGCAAACGCUUCACCUUCCAGUCCGCUCUGGUUCGGCACGUGCGAAUACACACGGGGGAGAAGCCGUACGCCUGCGAGGAGUGCGGGAAAUGCUUUGUCAGUAAUUCAGAUUGUGCUCAGCAUCAGAAGACGCACAGGGGGAGCAGACCGGCUUAGUAGAGAUGGCCAUCGUGAAUUCGGGCUCCAUGCACGGGUCCAGUUUGAGCGAAAGCGUUGAUAUCGGCUGAGGUCUACAACUGGAACCUUGGUCUUGAUUCUUGAGCUACCUAAUUCAUGCUGCCGUGGUUGGCUACCACACAACUUCCUGCCCCCACUUUAAAGGCCAACCCCUGCUUCCCCCUGUUUCCUGCCUCCACCUACUUUGAAGCACCCCCUGCACUUCUUUAUUUAUUAAAGAAAAACUGUAAAGCAUA